AUGAGCACUCCAUUUCGUAAUGUUCUUAGCGAGGCUCUUAGCGACUAUAUCGCAAUGGAGGAUCUGGAAGUCCGGCUCCGCUUCCUUUUUCAACAACCAAUCCAAGUCCGCAGUCAGAGUGGCAGAUAUGUUUUUGAUGCGCCCCGAGAGGUUAAACUGGAGGAGAUUGCGUAA